GCUUGACCCCUUCGAUAUCGUCGAGAGUUUUGGCUUCUUUUCCACCUUGGUCGUAAAAAGAUGCCUCGAAUUACUCGCAGUGCUCAGAAACAAAUCGAAUUUCGUUGUCAGAAGACUCGAUCACAGCAGAAGAAGAACGAAGGAACGAUCGCGGCAAGUCGAAGCAAACACACACGAGAAUGUUCGAUCUCACCGAGAAAACGCCGCGAUCCCGCGAAGGCUUGUCAAACACCGGUUUCCGUAUCCCCGAAGAAGAGAAAGAACAAUGAUGGAAAGGUUAGAGAAGUUGUUUCCAGCGAUGAAGAGAACUCUGAUCCAAAACAGAAGCUUUCGUUUGCAGGGCUUGAUUCACCAAAGACAACACCAAGAAACCAAGCAAGAUGCAAGAGUAAAAAUGCUGGUCUUAAAGAGGGGUCGGAACCAAGGAAAAUAAUCUCGCUUGCUCGUCAGGAUGGUAAAAAAUGCCAAGUUAUCUUUGUGAACUGCAUGGCUCUUAAACAACCUCAAGACAUUUUCAAGAAGAUAGCAGUUGAAUUAGUGGGAGAAGACCAAUGUCCAGCAAAAACUUCACAAAAAUUCCUUGAAGAGGAAUUUUCUUCAUCAGCUGUAACAAGAAUCCUUAUCUUAGAUGAAAUGGAUCAACUUGAAUCAAAACAUCAGGAAAUUCUUUACACUAUGUUCGAAUGGCCCUCUUUGCCAAAAUCAAAGCUAAUUCUAAUUGGGAUUGCAAAUGCCUUGGAUUUGACUGACAGGAUUCUUCCAAGACUACAAGCUAGACCUAAAUGUAAACCAGAGCUUCUUCACUUUGCACCUUACACAAAGGAACAGAUUGUGCAAAUUAUAAAGGACAGAUUGACAACGGUGGAUGAUGGAAAUAACAUUCUUGACGCUUCAGCUGUGCAGUUUUGCGCAAGAAAGGUGUCGGCCAUGGCAGGUGACAUGAGAAAAGCCUUAGAUAUCUGCAGGCGAGCAGUUGAAGUGGUAGAAUCUGGAGAAAGAAAGCAACAGAUUUUACAACCAGUUGGAAAAGCUGAAUCUCCCUCAAAAAAACUUGAAACUCCACCAAAGCCUAAAAAGGUUGGAAUUUCUCAGAUUGCUAGUGUUGUAGCAGAAGUUUAUGGAUCCCGUCUGGUCUCUGGCCCCGGAAGUGAACAGCCAACAAUACCACUGCAACAGAAGCUUCUUAUCUGCACGUUUUUGUUGAUGACAAAGGAACGCAACACCAAAGAAGUAGUUUUAGGAAAGUUUCAUGACACUUACUGUAAAAUCUGUACCAAGAGAAAAGUCUCCCAUCUUGGUCAGGAGGAUUUUCUUGGGCUGUGUAACAUCCUUGAGACCAGAGGACUUCUUGGAAUGAAAAGAGCUAAAGACACAAGGAUGAUGAAGGUGACCCUAAAAAUUGAUGAAAGAGAGGUUGACUAUGCAUUACAAGACAAAACAUUACUGUCUUCAAUUCUACAGGAAGGAAUGCCAACAUCUUCUAAGAAAUAAAUUUAAGUGACAAAUUUGAAUUUGAAGUUAUUUGCACUUUUUUUUAUAAAAACUUGUUAGAUAAUUUUCUUGAUAGACCAUUUUAUUUCAUUCAAAUGUUUUGCUUCAAUUUGGAUUUAUUUUAAAGUUACCCUUAUUUAAACUGAGUCUUUGAGAGCCAGUAAAAAAUAUUUUGUAACUAUAUAAAGAAUGCGUUAAUUUUAUUUUCAAGUAAAAAAUUUCUGUGACCUGAGGGACUGAUCAUUAUUUAUAGUCAGGGGGAGGGGGGGGUCAGAGGAUUAUGAUUUGCCAAGGACCUCAUUGGA